AUGAAUCUAGUCAAUAAUAUUCUCAAAUCUCAUAAUUCAAUGGAAGUUUUACGUCGAUCAUUUUCGAUUAGCCCUCGAUUACUCACUGAAAAAUCGCUUACAAUCCGUGAAGCUAUAACUCAAGCCAUGGAUGAAGAAAUUUCGCGUGACGAACGCGUUUUUUUAAUCGGAGAGGAAGUAGCACAAUACGAUGGUGCUUAUAAAAUGUCGAAAGGUCUUUGGAAGAAACAUGGUGAUAAGCGUGUUGUCGAUACACCAAUUACUGAAAUGGGUUUUGCUGGAAUAGCAACCGGUGCUGCAAUGGCUGGCCUUCGACCAAUUUGUGAAUUCAUGACAUUUAACUUUUCAAUGCAAGCUAUUGAUCAUGUUAUCAAUUCUGCUGCCAAGGCUUAUUAUAUGUCUGCAGGAAUAGUUAAAGUACCAAUCGUUUUCCGUGGCCCCAAUGGAGCUGCUGCUGGCGUGGGUGCUCAACACUCUCAAGAUUAUUCAUCAUGGUACAGUCAAUGUCCUGGUCUUAAAGUAAUCGCACCUUAUUCCGCGGAGGAUUGUCGCGGUUUACUUAAAGCUGCCAUUCGUGAUGAUGAUCCAGUUGUAUUUUUGGAAAAUGAAUUGUUGUAUGGUUUACACUUUCCUGUCUCCGAUGAAGCAUUAUCUGCCGAUUUUGUUUUACCUAUUGGUAAAGGUAAAAUUGAACGCGAAGGCAAACAUAUAACACUUGUCGCUUAUUCAAUUGGUGUUAAACUAUGUAUGGAAGCUGCUAAAGAACUUGAACAAAGCGGAAUUCAAUGCGAAGUUGUUAAUUUACGGUCAUUGAGACCACUUGAUGAAGAUAUUAUCAAAAAUUCCGUUAAAAAAACUCAUUAUCUUCUUACAGUUGAAUUUGGUUGGUCUCAAUGUAGUAUCGGCAGUGAAGUUAUUGCAAGAAUAUGUGAAAGCGAUGCUUUCGAUUAUCUUGAUGCUCCACCAAUACGUGUUACUGGUGCGGAUGUUCCAUUGGCAUAUGCUAAAACAUUAGAACAAAAUUCUAUGCCUCAAGUUGCCAACGUCGUGAAAUCGAUUAAAAAAGUUUUAAACAAAUAA